GUCACGUGCGCUUGCCAUUUUGCUCCCUGUCGUAGCAACAACUCGCGUUAAUAAAAUACCCGCAAGAAUUUAAGAUUACAAAGUGGCGUUGGACUGGGUUGGGCGGGUUUGGGUGUGCAAGCUCGUAUCCGUUAACAAGCACAGAAUUAUUAAGUACCGGCUGUGUUUAAAAAGGGGAGUUAUCAUCGAGUAAGCCGCUCACGUGGAGCAAUAACGAUCGAAAUUAGAGUCGUUUAAAAUAGGAAACAAUCUGUUCUGACAUACAUAUAUCUCACAAGAAAAUAUAUGCACGUUCAUUAGAAAAUAAAGGAUUCUUUAGAGGUAAAUAAUACAUUGCAAAAGAGUAGAAAUCUGUGUUAAUGUUAUUACGACGAUCUAAUAGAAAGGAAAAUUCGAUGGAAACCUUUUGAAACGUUUAAAUAAUGCAGCUCGAAUAACAAUGGAUUUCAUGAAACAGGAGAAAAUAGCGAGAUAUUUGCUUAACUAUUUCACCGAAAUAAGAUAGGACGUAAUUGAAAAAAGGAAAAAGAAGAGAAAGAAGAAGAAGAAGAAGAAAAAGAGGAGAAAGAGAGAGAGAAAAAAAAAAGAAAUUACAUACUAAAAGAGAGUUUCCAAACAUUGAGAAGUAAACAGUAGUACAGAGUCCGUCGCGUAUUUACCAGUUACCGGCCACUUUACUGCCAUACUUUCGUAUUUCUCGUUUGUACGGCCAUUACGCGAACGCGGGAAACUUUAAAUCCCUUUCAUAAAAGUUACAAGUCAUAUGGGAGAAAAAGUUCUGGCUGGCCGUAACAAGUACGAUGACUGUUUAUUCUCGAAUUAGCUUGCAAACAAGUAAGAAACGUAGAUAGAACAAAUCGGGUUAACACGCUACGAGGAAAAUAUUUUCAACUACGCGUACGAUGGAACGAUGAAUUUCACUGGCGUACGACGAACGAGAAACCCACCCAUUCGGUAUCCGUCCUGUGGUGGAAUUAUUUAUAUUUACACGAUUUUACAUCCGAGCCGGAAGCAUGCUCGGCAUGGAUCGAGCACGCGGAUACGCGAACAGUGAAAUCGACAGAAUUUCAGGACGCUGUGGUCCUCUCGCGUGCGCGAGCUUCCACAUGCAUACUAUGUUAGCUUAUGCACCAAUGAAUACGAAUUUUACAUUCUUACUUUCCUUUGGGAUCAACUGUGGAUACGAUAAAAUCCUCAGGGGCAAUCUGAUUUCUCUGACAUAGAAAGUUAACAGCAACAAGAAUUACUAAAGUUUGCGAUCUUUAUUUUUUUAGGAUCGAAUAAAAAGAUUUGUUUGUUUACUGUAAAAUCAUAGAACGAAGAAGCAAUGCUACAUUUAAUAUAUAUGAAUAUAUAUUUAUGUAUAUAUUAAUUAUUUUCAUUCAAAUAUUUCUAGGUUACGCAAAAAGGUGACAUAUUGUUAAAAUUCAAAUUUUCGAAAAUGAAUAUCGUUGUAUCUCGAUGAUUUCAUUAAAUUAAAUAACGACUAGCAAAAAUUUGUACGCAUUUUGAUAUGGACGAUCCGAUUUAAAAAUCAUCCAAUAAUGCAGAGGAAUCGUGGAAAUAUUAAUCAUGUAGAGAGAUCUGCUCUAUCGUUGAAAUGGCAACCGAAACGUGGUAAAUGUCUCCUGAACUGAAAACCGAUGCUUUCGUUCCAAUUAGCCAGAAUAAUGACUAAUGUCGAUGCGUAAAAGACAACACAGUUUUAUGUAGAUUGAACAUACAUACAUAUAUAUAUAUAUAUACAUAUGUACGUUAGUUAUGUACACACUAUCUAUCUACCCCGUACAUUUUCUUCGUUUUAUUCGAUGUACGAUUAAAAGAACAAAGCUAUAUCAAAAGAGCAUUUGAGAGGUUUGUUCUGAAAGAAAUGAAAUGAAAAAAGAAACCAGGGGUAAACAAUUAGACAAGAUAAAGAACAUAUCGAAUAUUUUUGUUUUGAUGACAUAGAGUACAUCAAUGUCACAGAAAGUAAUACGUUACUGAUUACAAAGUUAAAGGAGAUCAUGCGAGGCACACAACUUUUCAACGGACACGUCGCUCACAUUAAAUUUUCCUCGAACAUGAACGAACCACGUUACAUGCUCGCAAAGUAUAUACAUUUUCAAUGAUGGACAAGUUAUAACGAGUUAUAACUACUACUCGCGAACAGUUCCCAAAGCACUAUUACAUUGAAACGUUGAAUAGCUUUAGCUUUGGGGGCAAGGUUAAAUGAGUAGGAUAUUUAUUCCCACCUUUCAACAAAUUGCCAAGCCUGAAUAGGCAUCUAAAGUCAUUAACAGCAAUUGAAUAAAUUCAAUCGUUAAUUACAAUUUCUAACUGAGUAAUUCAAUCAGAUCGAUUAAUAAUUAUGAUUAAUUGUUGUCCUCGUUGAAUCUUUCAAAUCUUUCUAAAAUUACAGAAGGAUCAUCAUGAGAGACAAUUGAUCAAAGCAAUGUUUCUAAGAAACAUUAAUUCAUAAAUUAAUUCGGAUGAUAGAAAAUAGGAAUAUAAUAGACUUCUUUUUUUUUUACAAGAACCUGAAAGUACAACAAACGUGUUCCACUGACCCUCUUUCUCAUCAAUGACCGGAAUCAAAGCUACAAAAGCUACAACGAUAUAUUUCAAUGUUCGUUCACAAAGCCGAUUCCGGCAGAUCAUACAUAUAUAGCGUGUAUAUAUUGCGUAUGCAUAACAGAACUGCGUAUGUGCGUCAAUAAACGCGAGCAAGUGCAACCGAUAUGGAUACAGUUCGAGAUGGAGAGGAAACAAAAGUGAAAAAAAAAAAAAAAAAAAAAAAAAACGAAAAAAUAAAUAAAUAAAUAAAUAAAUGAAAUUAGAAUGCGUUGAAUUUUUAUCGAAAUUUCCACUUUCAACUUAUAUCUUUGUCGGCAAUCAGAUCGGACCGAAAUUGUUUUUAAUUGGAGAACUCAAUAACAGUACACAGAUCGAUUAUACUUUGAUCUCGAUAACUUACUCGAUAAUAUAUUAACGCACGUAUAAUAUGAUAUUUUUUUUAAAGUUUAAAAAGUAUUAUGAUGCAUCAAAAUGUAAAAGAAGGAUCGUACAAAAGAAAAAAGAAACGAAAAUAGGAUUUAACUUUAAUAAACAUGACUUGCGUGCGUGUUACUUGUAAAAUAAUUCAUUGUAAAGUACAUAUUUAUAAUUAAAGCAGUGAAACGGCAAAUAUAGUAAAUAAUAGGUAGUUGGAUAAAAUUACGAUUUGUAAUAUACUAAAAGUAUCGCGUUAAAAUUAUUCGCUGAUCCUUUUUGGAUUAUUCGUAAGACUAUACUUAUACAAUAUCAAAUUUCUCUCGGUACGUUAAAAUUUGUCGAGCCUAACGAGAUGUGUCAUGUUAAAUAGCUUUAAAUGACAUAUUUGAGAUAAAUGUGUAGAUAAAUAAAAUGAUGCUGCAUAAGCAAGCAAGCUAAUUAUGCGCGUACGUAUGUAUGUUCGUUCGUCGCUUCGAAUAGAUAUAAAUUUGUCAUUAACUUAUUUACCGCGAGCUAAUCCUAUAUAAUAAUCCUACGAUAUAUAACGAUCUAUGAGCUUUUGACUUUUACCCUUAGCAAUUACUACAGUUAAUAAUACAUGAACGAGAGCUAAUAUUAUCAUCGACUAUAGAGAAGAGAAAACGUCAAAGAUACAUAUAGAUUGUGUACAUAUGUAUAUACCAUGUAGAUAAAAUUGAUAUCCGAAUACUUGCUAUUGAAAGCAUUUAUUAAUUACCAAAUUUUCUAAGUAUAGGAAAUGAUUAAUCAUCAAUUUUCUGACCGAACGUAAAUUGAUUAUUACAUAUGAUUUCACUAUUUAUAAUUAUUCAAACAAUAUAUUAUUAUUAUUAAUAUAUUUCUACUUCAUUUUCUCUGAGAAUUAAUAUUACUCGUUAGAUGGAUUGCUUUAGAUCAUGUAUUUUAAUAUAUCACUGAAUUGAUCGAUUUCAAUUUGAAAUUAUCCACCAAUUUCAAAGUUUUACGGAUAGCUGUUGGAACAUCGAUUUCAAUUUGAAAUUAUCCACCAAUUUCAAAGUUUUACGAAUAGCUGUUGGUAAUAAAAAAAACCAUUGAGUGUUCGUUGAUAAAACAGUUCUCUGUAGAAAGAAAGUGCAUGGAGAGUGUAAUUCUAUUAUACCGAUUGAUUCAAAAGAAUUCGUUAGAGUAAUUCGCAAAAAAUAAUGUGGAGACGAACGAAACUCGCCUAAAUAUCGCCAUUAUACUUUUCAGUAAUUCACUAUUUUCUUUCUGAAUUUAUGCGAUAUUUAUAAUGCUAGAAUAGUACUGAUAUUUCUACGUAUUCCUAUAAAAUAUGCAUUGUGUCAACUAAUUUCGCAUUUAAAUGCUUCUAUCACGACGAUUGAAUAUUGCAUAAAAAUUUAUAAAGAACUAGUGAUCCGAGAAAAUGUGAAGCAGUUAUAACUGAAUAAUAAAGUUUAACACACAGCUGAGAUUUAAUUAAUAUUUUUAAACCGUUUCAUUGCAUCACAACGUUUUGUACAAUUUGAUGAAAUCGUUUAAAUUAACCUAAACUUCUCAGGCUCAAGUGAGUUAGUUAUGCAUUAUAUAGUAAAAAUCAAAUGGAUUCGAAGGUGAAACCGUGUAGGUCAUUACCACCUAUGGUCGAAGGCAAAAUUCACGGUUACUUAUGGCUGAUUAUAGACGAAGUUCUUUGGUAUAAAAAUAAUUCUGAAAAUAUCACAGUGUUUGCUUCUUGGUGGGGUGAACAGGAUAAUGCUAAAUUCAGACCUAUUGACAUUAGAACAAAUACAAUAAGGCCUAGUCAAGAUACAGCUCAAAUAUAUAGUAUCAGAACGAAUAGCAAUCUAUUUAAGGAAUAUAUUAAAAAUUGUGAAACUAUAGAAUUAGUUAUAAUUGAUGAAGAGGUAAAUCAAAUCAUAGGAACAUCUGAAGUCAAUGAAUUAUUAGAUAUUUUUGAACAGAAACCUUUUUUUAAAUAUUUUCCAAUAUUAGAUAAAAAUAGAAGUCAAAUAGGAGAAGUGCAUGUCGGAAUAAAAUUUAAUUUAAAUGCAUCAAAAGCUACAACUAUGCAUUUAAAAGUACAUAAACUUCAAAAAAAACAAACUAAGAACAAGAUCUUGCUUUCUCCGCCUGAUACAAAUUCACAUUGCAAAGAAUUAAGAAUUCAUGAUAUUUCAUUAAGCGAAAGAUUUGGUAAUACUAAUGAAGAUAGAUCAAAUGCACCUGUAGAGAUAGAUUCAAAAGACAUUUAUAGAUCUAUUUUAAAAACUAAAAGGGCCAAGUUCCAAGAACCUUUGCACAAUUGUAAUGCGGCAGUGACUGAUAAACUCGUUGCCCAAGUUGUUGCCAGAGCACAAAAACUUAGAGGUGCUAUAUUAAAAGAAACUUACGAUGAAGAUCCUCUGGCAUUAAGUGACACUGGUCUGAGUAAUAGUUUUCUUAAUGAUGUUCCUGUUGAAAAAGAAGCAAAAUUAUAUGAAUAUUUUUUAGGCAAAGAAAUGAGUGUAUCCGACGAACGUAAAGCACUAAAUACUUUAAGAUCAACAUCACCGACACCUAGUUUAAUUGACUUAGCGUCAGAAGCUAUUGCUUCUUCUCAGUCUAAUAAUGCACCAAUUACUGAUAAUAAAACAUCUCUAAAUACAUCUAAUUCAAUGAUAGUAGAAUCAUUGACAAAGUGUUUACCUCAGGAUAAACAAAAUGAAAUGUCUCCAUUGGAUCAUAUAGAUAGUAUACGAAUUUUUAUUGACUCAUUUGUAUUAAAUCCUGCAGGCUAUCGUCGCGUUAAAUCAUCUUGUGUAUCACGUAAUGAUAAUACACUAUUAUCUGUAACAUAUUUUGUACAAUAUAAUACUACUUUUAAGCCCCCUACACAAGCAAAUCAUAAACUAUUGAGAGAUGAUAAAUCAGUAAGAAUAUCUUCUAAGCGUAAAUCAGGACAAGUAAUUCAUUUUGAUCACGAAAGGAUAUAUAACAUACCUAAAUUUAAUAUACAUCAAGAUUUUCCAUUAUGUUUUAAAAUUUUGUCACGACAUCUUAAUCAGAAAUCACCAACUGAAUUAGGUUCUGGUAUGAUGUAUAUUAGCGACAUUGUAAAAACAGAAAAUUUGAGUUUGUCGCAGAGAUUAGCUGUAAUUAACAAAGGCAUUAAAAUAGGAGAGUUAAAAGUUACUACAGAAUUAGGAUGUGAUUCAGUCCACUUUGGAAAACAAUAUAUAGAAGCCGUAAUGUCCGGAAAGGAAAAUAUUCCUGUAUUAAAUGUGAGAUCUUUAUUAAAUACGGAUAUUGAUAGAUGUAAAACUGCAACGGGAACACAAUCCAAAACAAGUAAUAGUGUUUCAUCUUCUUCAACAAAAAGGAUAGAAUGUUUACACAUGGAUAAUACCAAUAAUAUGGUUACUAAAAAGGAUGGAUCAGAACAUACAAACCAAAACAUUGAUGAUAGAAAAGUAGAUAUAACAGAACCGGAUAAUAAGAAUCAUAAUAAUAUUUUGCUUCAUGGAUUAAUAUAUAUAGCGGAAGCUAAAGAUUUGUUGGAAUUAAAUACAUUCUUAAUAUGUAGAGCAUUCUGGUUGCAAGACAAAGGUACAAGUCAAUUAUGCAGUAACACACGAAACCCAUAUUAUCAUUUUUGCCAAUUAGUACCUUUAAUUUAUGGCAAUGCAUUACUAGAACGAAUUAAAGAUAAUUAUAUAAUUGUAGAAGUAUAUUAUAAAAAUUCUGUAGGAAUGAAUAAUUUGUUGGGAAUCGCAAAAUUACCUGUGCAUCAAUUAUACAUUGCUUAUAGGGAUCCAAUUGUAUUACCACAUUUAUUAUCAUCUAAAUAUCCUAUAAUAAGCGUAGAUGAAUGGGUAUCAAUCAAUAAUCCAGUUACUAGUCAAUCAUGUGGACAAUUACUUGCAUUAGUUGCACUUGGAACUGCUGAACAAAUAGCACUUUUAGAAAUGUCACGAGGUCUUAGAUGUCAAACUGUAGUGCCACAGGCAAUACGUGAUUAUUCAUAUAAUUAUAAUGAUCACAGAAAACAAACAGACAACACAAGUGAAAUAAUGAGAACUGCUGAUCUUAAUAUGCAAUUAAAUAGUGAAAUAUCUCAGUAUAAAGAUAAUUAUAUGCAUCAUAUAGAUGACGUUGGAAAUAAUUCUAACACAAUCAAUUUUAAAACUCAAGAAAGUCAAACAGAUAUAUCGACUCUUAAAGAAUCAAAGUCUGCAUCUAGUAAUUUACCACAGGAUGGAGUUUUAAAUUCAGAGCGAUUAGUUUUACAUACGUUAGUAGAUCGAUUAGCGCAUGCAUUAAAUGUUACGAAAACUAUGAAUCAAGCAGCCCAAACUGAGCAAGAAAUCGAUAGAAAAAAACAGACAGAUAUUGAAGAGCAGUCAUGUAUAAACUCUUUACGUUGCAACAGUAUAUCCGAUGAUAGUAAUAGCGACAGUCCUGGGAACAAUCUUUAUUUACCUACAGAAAUGUACAGAAGUGUCGGUGUUGGAGCUGAAUUUGAUGAACCAAUAAAACAAGGACCAAGUGGUACUUACAAUAACACUUAUUAUUAUCCACCAACUCAUGUACAAAAUUUAGAAAGCAAAACCACCAUUUUAAACAGUGACGAGAGCUUUUUUAGAGCACUUAUAGAGAUUGAAUGUGCAUUACAUUUACCAAAAGUAGAGAAACUUAAUGAGAGUAUAGAACCAACUACUUACGUGACUUUUCAAACAACUCAGGCUGAUUCUAUGAAUCAAUUACAGUCGUACAUGAUAACAAAUGUUUAUCCGCAUAGUUGUAAUCCAAGAUGGGAAUGGAAAUGUGAUACAAAAAUAUCGACAGAAUUAUUAACACACAAUGAAAAACGCUUGAUUUUAAAAGUUUGGCGUUUAUUUAAUACAGAUAUAAGUACAGAUAUUGACAUGGAAAGAGAUAUAGUGAUUGGAUUUUCUGCUAUUGAUGUAUCUGUAUUAACUACUGGUUUUCCAUCUGUGUCAGGAUGGUUUCAUAUCAUGGAUUUUACAGGAAAAUGUAAUGGUCAAAUCAAGGUAGGAAUAACUCCUUUGGAUAAUAUGUCAGGUUUUGUAAAAUCAUCUACAUCAACAAGUACUACACAAAUACCGUUAUGUGAUUCAUCACGAUCAAACGAAUCUUCAUUAUGCAAUCAUAAUGUAUUUUUAAAUAACAUAGAGUCGAAUAAUACUCAACAACCUCCAUUAACAACUACAUAUAAUACAAUGGGCAGUUUUACUGAAUGUGGUAGUCAUCCUACAAUAGAUAUUACUCAAAGUUUUGAAGAUAUGUCUAUGUCUUUUCUUUCUUCAUCUUUAAAGCAAAAAUUGGCAGAGUUAGACGAAAUAACGAAACGUCUGCAGUCGCGUUUACAUGAUGUAACAAACACUGCUUUUGAAGAUUAUUUUGAUAAUGACUUUGACUUGAAUGAAAUACAUAGUGAUAAUGAAAAUAUUGAUAAUAGAAAUACAGAUUCUAUACUUCCUAUGGCUCAUAUAUCAGGUACACAUGAUACAUGGCAAAAUGCACCAAGUAAUCAUAAUGUACACAUGCAUAUAAACAAUGAACAAUUGCCUGAACGCAUGAAUGAUAAUUUGAUAACAAAUGUAAAUUUAUCCAAUAUCAGACCUACUUUGAAUUUUGCUUCACAGUCAAAUUCUAAUUUAUUGAGUAACCAUUAUCAACGAGAAUAUCAUAUACAAAAUGAUAAUACAUCGUACAAUAAUGAGGCUUAUCCAUUAAGAGGAACAAAAGUACAUAUAAAUCAUUUACUUGAUAAACUUUCCUUAGAACAUCCAGUGAAACCUUACAUAACAGCUGGUUCAUCAAUGAGAAAAAAUGUAAUUGAUUUAUUAACAACCGUUCAUAAAGAUAAUGCACAAAAUAAUAACAAAAAGAAUAAGCUGGAACUUAUUAAGAAACCAACAUCUAUGCAAAUAGAAAACAGGGAUCAAAGUACAGAAACUCUAUCAAAUUGGAUGACUGAUAAUACUGUUGCUCCAACAAAUGUAACUGCAACUCUUAACAGAUCUUCACUUACAUCCUACAAUAAAAUAUCAACAGUUAUACGAGAAGAGUUAGUUGCAGAAGAAAAUAAUGAUACAUUGAAAAAUGACGACGAGUUGACAAAUCUGCUCAUUACUUCUAACGUUCGCCAUAUGGAUUUAGAUAACAUUUUCAAUCCACUUUUAUAUCAGCAUUUAGUACCAGAUCUUCAAGUAUCAAACAGUGUAUCACCAGAGACACAAGCAAUAGAACAAUUAGAUACUCGAUAUUCUAAAAGUUUUGGCACUGCCAUAAAUAAUGGAUUAAAUGAUACGCAAGAUAAAGUAGAAGCAAUAGCGUUAUCUCCAAAUAAAAAUAUCAAUGAAAAAGAUAAAGAUAAAAUAUCAGAAUCUGUUGGAAAUACAGAAAUUUUUAGACUUACACCUUCUGGUAUUUCAGAAAAUGUUGAUGGUAAUAUCCAUGUAACUGUUAUUCAUAAUCCUACUAAUAAUGAUUUAAUGGCAAGUAAUAGUACAGAAUCAACAACUACUAUCUCUCUCAGUAAAUCAUCAAUGAGACAAAGUGAAAUGGAAAUAGAUGAAAAUAGUUAUUAUAAUUCAUCUGAUAUGUCUGUCACUGCUGCAUCAAGACAAGCACCAGACGGUGGAAACCCUAUGGAAGACAGUUCGAAAAUAUUACCAAGAAAGCAAACAACUGAUACAUCAGAUUUAUCAUCAAGCAGUUAAAAUUGUAUAGAUAUACAAGGACAUCAAAGUAUUCAUUAAUGUUGAUCGCGAAUUUUAAAUUUCUUAAAAAAUAUUGCAUUUUCAAUUUACUACUUUGUAAUACUUUCUUUGUAACAAAAAAGUACAGGUGUGAAUGUGGACUAUUAUAGUAAUACAAUUACGCUAUUACUAAUCUCGAAUACUUGCCAAAUAUGAACAUGUAAGAGUAGGUAUAAGAUGACAUUUAAAAAUUGUCAAGAACGUCCUUUCUCUAUCGACUGAUUACCGUGUAUACGUAAUGAUAAUAUCAAACAAAAAUGUUAAAUACUAUCCAUAUUCUAUCAUUGGAAAUAUAUCUAUUAUAUUAUUUGAAGUAUUUAUUAUAAGUAUUAUACUUAUAUAUCAAUAUUUUUAUAUCAUCUUUGUGUAAAUAAGAUCGCAUAAUGUAUAAAUUGAUGAUUAUAUUAUAUGAAAUUUAUUAUACAUUAUAAGCUAUAAAUUAGAUUAAAGAUCAUAGAUUAUGGAUUACAUUAUAUAAAGUUUAUUUAAAAGUGAAAUAAAAUAAGUCUACUUACAAUGCUUUUUGUCUAUUGAGAAAGGCAUACAAGUACAAAGGUGCAGCAUUUGAUAAAAUAUUGAAUUUAAUUUUUUAAAUAAGAAGUAAGAUAUGUUUCCUUAACUAGUCUUUGUUUUAACAGCUUAGGAUGCAUUAACCAAAUGUUAGCAUCAGUACCCUCAUGCUGAUGAAUGUCUGAACAAUCACGUAUUCUCUAAAAUAAAGAUGCUUAUAAUAUGAAAUAAUCCAUAUCGGAAUAAGUAAAAUACUUACAGAAAAACGAUUUAAUUCUUCCCUUUUAUACUUUGUUUGUUUUUGGAAUGCAUCGGUCAUGCAUGGUCUACACAAGAAAAUUUUAUUGUUGCAAUGCCAAUAAUCCCCUACGGGUUUUUGUCCACAAAUUUUACACACAUCUGUAUUAUUACUACAACAUUUAAAUUGUACUCCAAGUCUCAUCUUAACUCUACCACCAAAACUAUGUUCAAAUGCAAUUUCUUUUUUCUCUAUUGGUGUAUAUGUUCCUGGUCUAUGAUAAUUUAAAAUGUAAUGUGCAUGAAUUAUUUAUUCAUUUUUUCUAAUUAAAUAGAUUACCCAGGAUUCACAUUAGGAAUAAACGUAGUCCUUUCAGCAGAAGUUGCAAAAGGAAAUCUUGAUUCUUUGGUAGACUUGAAACUACUAACGAUAUUAUAAUCUGCUGGAGAUGGAAAAUCUUCAUCAUGUUUAAUUGCAUGUAUCGUUCUAGUAAUGCCACCAUAUCCUUUCUUACUAAUACUAUGUAAACAUGGCUAUAAUCGAAAAAAAAUACAUAUUAUUUCUUCAAAAAAAGUAAAAAAGUUAAUAAUACAUUAAACUGUAAUAAUUAUAAACAUGCUUUAUUUUUAGUGGCCAGAAAUGAAUCCAUAACGUUAUAUGUAUUAGGAGCAAUGUUUUCAUAAUUAUCUUUUAUAUAAUAUCUCAUAAAAGAAGUCGUGUCUCUUUUAGACAUAUCAUGUGGACAUCCAGAACCAAAACAUAUUUUUUGGCGUUCUUGUUUUUUAAUUACAUACUGAAAAUCUUUAAAGGAGAAUAAUAUUAACAAUUAAUUAAAACAUUAUUAAUGCUACAUAAUUAAUAAAAUAAUU